CACUCAUUUCCCAAAAUAGACCAAAACCAAAGAGAAACAGAACAAAACAGAGUCACUCUGUUCUCACUCAGAUUCUUAUUCACACACCAAAUUAAAUUAAAAAACAUUCACUCUUUUUCCAUGCUUCUAAUCCUAAAUACCACUGCAGUGUGUUUUAUAGCUGCAGUUUCUCUAUUAUCUCCUUUCACAAAUUUGCUUCAUCUUCACAAAUUUUCAGUCCCUUUUGAGUGAGAAAAACAGAACUUGUUCUGUUCUGUUCCAUUUUCUUUUAUUGAGAAAAAUGGGUUCUAUCAAUUUACACAAACUGAAAACCGAGAAAGCCAACAAAGUCCAAAAACAUCGUCAACUUCGAAAGAUUGCAAAUUUGUUUAGAUAUGUAGAGAUGUGUGUAGUGUUGGUAUUAAUUUCAAGGCUUUCAUUUCAACAACUACCAUUGGCUUUGAAGAAUUCAAGCGAGUAUUUUCGCGAAUUCACGGUUAGUCCUCGAUUUGUUUUUCUGAUUGGAAACAUCAUCAUCGUCACUCUCUUUGCUCAAUCUGGUCACUUUUCACCUCAAGAUUCUGAUAAAAGCAAAGGGUCGGAAGAACAUGAUUUUUAUCUCGAGUUUCUUAAGAAUAGUACCAUGUAUCACAAAAUUCAAGUUGUUGAUCAGAAAAAAAUGAGAAUCAAAGUGGAGAAUAAUAUAAAGGGUCGUAGAAUUAAUGGUUGCAUGAUGAAAAUCAGUGAAAAAGAGAGUAAAAAAAGUGGUGAUGAUGAUGAUAAUGGAGUGAAGUUGGAAGAGAAACAGGGCAUAAAAACAGAGACAAGUUUGGAGUUGAAGGAAUAUAGGAGGUGUCAAUCGGAAAUUACGAUUGUGGGGGGUGUGAAUAGUAAUGAUAAAAAGGAUGAGAGAGCGUUGCAGAGGUGUGAGAGUGAAAAAAGCAGUCUGUGUUCGUACCCUGAAGAUGGAAUGAGCAGUGACGAAUUUCGUCAAACCGUUGAGGCAUUUAUUGCACGACAACAGAAGCUACGAAUACACGAAUUUCAAAACUUGUAUUCCUAGCUAAUAGAAUCUAUGUAAUUUGUGUGAAGGAUUGGAUUGUAAACUAGGGUAAACCGUUUCUAGUUUUUUUCUUUUUAAUGAACAAUCAAAUAUGUGAUGUAUUCUUGUAUCAUCAUGUAAAUAAUGGUUAAAGGAAAUGGGUAGAUAAUAAGAUAGUAAAUAACUUUUUGAAUAAUUAAUCCUUGCAUUAAUUUA